GAAAACCAACACAACAAACCACACACAUUAAUUGAAGUCCGUAUCUUCUCCAACUCGAUUCAAACAGUUUGUACGCCUAAUCUGCCUAGUGGCAAGCAGUCUUAAGUUGAACCAGUUUUACACAAAACCAAAAUUGACAAUUUCAUAUUUUCAUUUCAUACUGUCUUAAUCUUCGUAGUGGGUACACCUUUUUAGUUAAUCUUUCCAUCAAAACCACCCGACUCAGUCUUCUUUCUUCAACAAUUUUCUCCACAAUCCGCUGCAGAAAAAAGUGGAGUUCAGCGAAUAACUGAAUUUUACCAUAGUGAUGACACAUAAAACCUGAAGUUUCUUGCAAGAUGUUAUCGUUGAUGCUACAAUGAUAUUGGAAACAUGGUUCAAAAAGCUGAUUUGGUGAUCAUCGGAGUGUGUGUUGGUGUGGCGGUUGGCAUUUUUCUAGCGUCACUUGCAUUCUUUGGCAUUAGAUGGUACAAAAGGCGUGCUCAUCUCAGAAAGUGUGCGAUUGAUCACGGUGCAUCAACUCUUCCUAUACGCCAAAAUGGUGUAGACACAAGUAACGUCUUGAGUGAAUCUUUUCCAAACUCCGUUACUGUUAAAGUUGUAACCUAUCCUGCAAAAACUUCCCCGCUCUCUAAAUGGAACAAAAACAACAAAGAACAGUUAGUUUCAGCCUCUGGUUUGCCAAGAUAUUCUUACAAGGACAUACAAAAAGCUACCAAAAACUUUACGACCAUUUUGGGACAAGGGUCUUUUGGUCCAGUAUACAAAGCAACGAUGCCUGCUGGUGAAGUCGUUGCUGUGAAGGCUCUUGCUGCUGACUCCAAACAAGGGGAGACAGAAUUUCAAACCGAGGUAUCUCUUCUGGGAAGGUUGCACCACAGAAACCUGGUAAAUCUAGUCGGAUAUUGUGUAGAUAAAGGACAACGCAUGUUAAUAUAUGAAUACAUGAGUAACGGAAGCCUCGCAAGUUUUCUAUAUAGUGAAGAAAAACGAGCAUUGAAUUGGCAAGAAAGACUUCAAAUUGCCCUCGAUAUAUCACAUGGAAUAGAGUAUCUUCAUGAUGGGGCGGUUCCACCUGUCAUACAUCGAGACUUGAAGUCUGCAAAUAUAUUGCUAGACCACUUAGUGAGAGCCAAGGUUGCUGAUUUUGGUCUAUCGAAAGAAGAGGUUUUUGAUGGUAGAAAUUCAGGCCUUAAAGGCACAUACGGGUACAUCGAUCCUGUAUAUAUAUCCACAAACAAGUUCACAAUGAAAAGUGACAUCUACAGUUUUGGGAUCAUCUUAUUUGAACUCAUUACCGCCAUUCACCCACAACAAAAUCUCAUAGAAUAUGUCAAUCUAGCAGCUAUGAGCUCAGAUGGGAUCGAUGAGAUUCUCGACAAGGAGCUUGUCGGUGAGUAUGAUCCUGAAGAUGUAAGAAGCUUGGCACGAAUAGCAAACAGAUGCUUGCAUAAGACGCCAAGAAAACGGCCUUCGAUUGGGGAGGUUUCACAGGCUAUAGCGAGGCUAAAACAAAGGCGGUUGGUUAGGGAAGAUAGUACAAUGUCGUUUGCGAGUGAAGAGUUCUCGGAGGUUGUUGGGCGCAUUGAGUUACAGCAAAAUCAGUUGAAAAAGAUGACAAGCAUUGCUGAAUCUUGAAAGAUUUAGAUCUGUUAGUUGUAUGUAACCUCCGGUUGCAGGAUUUUUGGUGGAAAGAGUAUAUGUUGGGCGCACCAGGUGUUUAACACCAUGUUAUAUAAUAUUCCAUACUUGUUUUUUUGUUUCUUAUGAUAUUUACCUAUACAACAUUCA